UAUCCUCUCCUCGUUCAACCAACCAACCGCUACACCAAAACCAUAACCACCAAACUCUUCCAUUUCCACCACCGUCGCCGGCGACGAUUCGCCGGAAACUUCCACCGCCGCGCCGUGAAACAUGAGAUCUACGGUGAUUGAAUUGACGUUGCUGCGAUUUCGUCUCUGAUUGUAGAAACUAGAAGAAAACCCUAAGCAAAAGCAAGUUUAGUUAGCAGAGUUUCCAAGUUAUUCCAUGCUUCAUUUCACAAGCACGAGGAGGAUUAUCUCUAUAUUAAUACUACUAUAAUCGAAGGCAAAAAGAAAAAGUAAAAGAAACUUGCUCUGAUUUCAGUGUCUGCAGUUUUGGCAGAAGAAUCAUCAUCAUUUUUCUUAUUUUUUUCAACUUUUUUGCUUUUUAUUUUUGUAAUUUUCUCGAGUUUCUUCUUCUUCAAAUUUUGAAAACGAAGGCGGAGAAUCGAGGAAUUGAGAAAUUGAGAUCUCGAGAUUUUCGGUAAUGGAAGUGACGAAGUAGAAUUGAGAGUUCAGAGUUGUGUUGUGUUGUUGUGAGGAUCAAUCAUCGAUGCCUUUUCCGAUGAAAAUUCAGCCUAUCGAUGCUGCGGAGGGGAAUCGGCUUGAGCUGGUGAUCAAGCCGGUGGUGAAGUCGCGGUUGAAGCGGCUGCUGGAGCGUCCGUUCUCCGGCGUGCUGAGGAAUUCCGCGGCGGAGAAAACUGGCGGAGGUGGAGGUCAGGAGCCGCUUCAAAUUCAAUGCAAGGAAGGCUUCAACGGCUCCACUGAUUUUGAACCUAGCUCGGCGUGUUUGGCGAAGAUGGUGCAGAGUUACAUCGAGGAGAAUCACGAGAAGUCUUCCGCUCCGGUCAGGUGCGGCGGGCGCAACUGCUUCAACAGGAUCUGUGACGACAGCUCAGACGAUGAGUCCGUCUUCAACGGCGGUUCCGGCGAGUGGAACUAUCCUUCCGGUGACGCUUCCGAGAUCCUCAAGGGUUUGGUUGCUUGCGGAAGCGUUGGUGAGAGGAAUUUGCUUGCAGACACCGCGAAGAUCGUUGAGAAGAACAAGAUCUGUAAGCGCAAGGACAGUUCCUGCCGGAAGGUGGUGACGGAGGCGCUGGUGGCGCUCGGUUACGACGCUUCCAUUUGCAAAUCUCGCUGGGAAAAAUCUCCCUCUUAUCCCGCUGGGGAAUAUGAAUACAUCGAUGUGAUGAUGGGGAAUGGGGAGAGGGUUUUGAUUGACAUUGACUUCAGGUCAGAAUUCGAGAUCGCUCGAUCCACAAAAGCGUACAAGACGAUUCUCCAGAACCUUCCCUACAUAUUCGUUGGAAAGUGUGAUCAGUUGCAGAGCAUCGUGGCGCUCGUAUCGGAGGCGGCGAAGCAGAGUCUCAGGAAGAAGGGGAUGCACGUUCCGCCGUGGAGGAGAGUUGAAUACGUCAAAGCAAAGUGGCUCUCCCCUUAUUCGCGAAUCAACGAGGAGGAGAAGGAGAAACAGCAAGUUUUGAAGGAGGAGAUUGAGAACCCUGUGGCUGUGGAUGUGGCUGAGACGGUGGUUUCCGGCGGAGAUGGUGCGGUGGCGGAAUGGAAGCCGCCGGAGUUGAAGCCGAAGGGUUCACUAUCUGGGGUGAAGGUUGUGACUGGAUUAGCAGUGGUUUUUGAUGAUGAUAACUGAUGAUGAUAACCCAUAAAUUUUUGCCUCUUUUUUUCGGCUUUUUUUUUUGGUGGCCAAGGUUUUUAAUGUGCUAAUUUGAGGAUUGAAAAUAUUAUAUGAUGACUGUAACAGUUCUAUCCCCUUCUGGUUUUUAAUGUUUGGGAUGGAUUUUACUAAUAUCAAUAAAAUCAAAAUAUAUAAUGUAGUUUAGAUA